AUGCCUGGGGACUCGUCUCGAUAUCGUACGGCUGUUGAGAUAGGCGGCAUAGCACUCAUCUUGUAUGUCUUGCUUGGAGCUCCAGGACUAUACUCUUCUGGUAGUGACCGCACGACUCAGCAAGAAGUCCCCAUUGCGAAGGCCAAGAUUGAGCAGCUCGUGUAUCGCUCCCCAGGACUGCGAUGUGAGAAGCAUGGGUUCAACACUCACAUCUUCUCGACCGACCCUCUCGUCGUGUACAUUGAGGACUUCCUGAGUGAUCAGGAAGUCGAGCAUCUCAUCGAACUGAGCGAAGACAAGUGGAACAUCUCCACAGUCAGCAAUGAAGGCAUCGAAGCUGUUGACGACAGCGUCCGCAAGUCGGAGAAAGCCGCAAUCAAGCGCGACAAGACUGUCCAAUGUAUCGAACAACGAGCUUUGUCCUUCCAGGGUUGGCCACUAGAGACUUUCAUCGAACGACUUUGGACGCAACGAUACAACACCACUGGACACUACGCGCUACACUACGACUGGGGCAUGGCCACGAAGCAAUCUAGACGGGUCAGCAGCUUCAUGGUCUACCUGAAAGGCGACUGUGUCGGUGGUGGUACUCAAUUCCCGCACCUACCCAUGCCACAGGAACGUAAGUGGUGCGAAUUCAUCGAGUGUGAUGGCAAUGGCGGGUCCGAAGGGGUCACUUUCAAGCCGCUGAAAGGUAGUGCAGUCUUCUGGAUGAACUUCGAUGCCGAAGGUCGUGGAUACAAGGAAACGAUUCAUGCUGGUCUGCCUAUCGUCUCGGGCCAGAAGAUCGGAUUGAAUAUCUGGUCGUGGUAUCAAGCAGGCCACAAAAUACCAGUCGAAUCAUGA